GAAAGGAGAGAGUGGGAUACACACAACAUCAUAGGCUUUGCUGGAGAGGGGAGGGGGGAUGGGAUCCAGUGCCUGUAGACAUAGGCAGCAGCAUCUGUGCUGCUUGUGCCCUCAUCAGUGAGCUUUGUAUAUUUCUCUAGGCUGACUGCAGCCAAUCACAGUGCACAGGUGAACAGAGGCUGGGCAGGCUCAGCUCACAUAUACGCUUCUCUUGAAGGCAAGCAGCCUUGAUCAGACAGGAUAACACAGCGCACAGCUUGCAAACCUGUUUCCCUGCUGCCUCUGAAACUUCCCUGCUGUUACAAUACACAGUGGCAAUGAAUGAAGACAAAGAAAGGUCAGAAAGGAGGACUUGUCCAAAUGUAAAGAUCAGCUAGUGAAUGUUAUGAAAUAACAGUGGUCAGGCGAAUGCAGCUGCAAGGAAAACAUUUGUGGCAAAAUGCUUCUUUAAGAUACCUCCAAGAUUGAGUGCACGAUUUGUGAGCAUCAUUGGGUACCUUCUGAAAAACAAGACAUGAUGUAUUUCUUUUGUCCUUUAUGGUCCAUGGAAUUUGGGAAUGUCCACACAAAAUGGAAAAGCUUCGCCUAUGUGUUUUUGCUGUGCAUCAUCGGCAGUGUUGGUGGUGCACCUCCUGGGGUGUGUCCUCAAGGUUGCGUCUGUGCCAGUGAUAUUGUAAGCUGCACUAACAAGAGCUUGUCUGUAGUGCCCAGGGCAGUCUUUAAAUUUAUUCGAAAGCUGGAUUUAAGCUACAAUAAAAUAAGUUUUCUGGAUCCGGACUGGUUCCCCAUCUUGUUUGAGAAAUUACACACUUUGAUAUUAAAUCAUAACAUUAUUAACAGCAUCUCUAGUGGUAGUUUUUCCACCAUCCCAAAUGUGAGGUAUCUUGACUUAUCCUCCAAUAAUCUGAGGACACUGAGCAAUCCAGUUUUUCAAGAACUUAAAAUGCUAGAAGUUCUACUUCUGUACAGCAAUCAGUUAACCCAUAUUGAUUCUGGGGCAUUCGGAGGCCUCCACAAUUUGCAAAAAUUGUAUCUGAGCUAUAAUGCACUGACACAUUUCCCACUGGACUUGUACUCUGGCAGAAGUAAACUUACAGAACUUGUAUUGUUGGACAUAUCUCAUAAUAACUUGCAAUCUGUGCCUGUUCAGCAAAUAAGCUUAAUCUCAGCAAGGCAACUUAGUGGCAUUUACCUUCAUGGAAACCCUUUUUCAUGUGACUGCAAUCUGAACGGAAUGCUAAACUUUUGGCAUCAUAGACAGUUUAGUCCAGUUGUGGAUUUUAAAACCUAUUAUGCCUGUACUUUACUGUCUGAGCCUAAAAAAAUUCCUCUUAUCCAAGAGAGUUUUCUCAACUGCUCUGAAAAAGCUGUAAAUGGGUCAUUUCAUGCAUUUGGCGUGUUGUAUGAGGCUCAGGUUGGAGAAAGGCUGGUGGUACAUUGUGACAGCAAGAUUAUCGAUAUCAACACCCAAUUUAUGUGGAUAAGCCCUGAUGACACAAUACUAAAACCUGAAACCAUGGUUGACCAUUUCCGAGUGUUUAACAAUGGGAGUCUUGAAAUUGAAGAUGCCCAGAUCGCAAAUUCGGGAGUUUAUUCAUGCAUCGCAAUAAACAAAGUAAGAAUGAUUAAUGAGAGUAUAGAUAUUAGAAUAACCGUGGGUAAUUUUACAAGCCACAAGUCUCAUGCACAUGAGGCGUUCAACACUGCCUUUACUACACUUGCUGCUUGUAUAGUCAGCAUAGUUUUGGUCCUUCUCUACCUUUAUCUGACACCCUGCCGAUGCUGGUGUAGAUCAAAGAAACAAAAAAGAAAGCAAAACCAAAGCAGUGCCCACUCCUCUGUCAUAAAUGCCACACCAUCUCAUGAGCCCCAUGCUGAAAGGAAAUCCAGCACUGGAAAACGGGUUGUAUUUAUGGAGCCUGUCAAGGAAGCACAGCAAGGUCAAAAUGGAAAAGUCAGACUGAUUACCAAUGACAAUCUCACAGCAGAGAGCAUCUUAAAGAACAGCAGAUCAAAGUCUGACUCAGAUUCUGUCAGCUCUGUCUUUUCAGAUGCCCCUUUCAUUCCUCCGGUAUAAUACCUGGCCUAUUUCUCCUAUUCACACAAGCAGUCAGUCUGCACCUUCGGCAUAAAAAGCAACAGUGACUCUUAACACGUACAGCUUGUGUAAACCAAUGCCUUUGUAAAUCAAAUAUUUAAUAGGGGAAAUUAAUGUACUUCACUAGCUACAAGCACAUACAGAAACCCAGUGAAUUAUUCAGGAAUUACCUUUAAAUGGUUAUUUAUAUUGCAUACUUGUCUUUGUUUACUAGGGAUUCUUCUGUUUUAGGAAGACCAGUUUGUAUUCUUAAGCUCUGGGAAUAGUUGUACGUUUACAGGACUUGUGUUCAUGACAGUAGUCCUCUGCCCUGUUAUCGAAUGAAUGCAGCCUUAGGCAAUUAUUAUAAUAUAUCUCAGCAAAGUAAGUGUAGGGAUUAAUGUAGCAAAGUAAUAUAUCAGAGUAAACAAAUCCCAGUGAACAUUUAUAUUUUUGCAGAACCAGUAUGUUAAAUGAUAAAAGGGAGAAGGUUAACUUUAUUUUAUAAUGUGAUUUGUGACAUCAACUUAACUUUAUUUGAAACAGCUUUGUUAUCUACAUUUAUUAUUUACAGGAGCACAUACAUAAUGUGAAAGAAAAUGCCUUUAAGGCUUAAUAAGGCAAUGCUAACAGCAAUUAUUUGCAGUAACCCCCAGUAACCAGAUUUCACCUCUCCAGAAAACUCAAUGAAAGAUUACAACUCAAUGGUUGUCAUGGGUAACUACACACUGCAUGUUGCUCUAUGCCUUAAUAUAGACAGUAAGCCUGUUUAUCUUUUGUUAUUGUCAUUUAAGUUGCUAAGGAUUAUUUAUAUAAGUUUUUCUAUUUUAUGAUCUAGAUACAUUUUGGAAGGUCUUUGCUGUGCAAAGAGAUUAAAGCAAGUUAAGUAUUAGUAUUGUCAAACUUCAUGUCGAUAAUUACUAGUCUGUAAUAGAUGAUUGCUUUAAAAGGUUAGAAUAAAGAUGUAACAAAGUAUAAUUUAUAGUUAUUUUUUGCCAUGAAACCACAGUUAAUUUUGUUUCAUGUUAUUUUUAUAUUGUUUGAUAUGUCAAGCCCUAGUCAUACUUGGUUGUUUCCAAGUAGUUUUGCACUGAUUUCACAGGUUAACCAAAAUACAUUGGUAGCUAGAUCUGUAAAUGGUUAAACAUAAAAUGAGAAACAUUAACUAUUUAUUUAAAUGGGGUGGUCCAUAUAUAUCUAUAACAGUUGGUUAGAGCUCAGUGUUUGGUAGAGGAUUAGUAUCUGCCUUCAGUACAUAAAGUAUAUUUAUUACCUAUAGAAUAGGUUUACUAAGUUCAAGUGAUAUACUGUGCUAGCAACAAUGUGAUAGCCAUAUUUGCUUACAU